CUGGGCUGUGACUAACCGAAAUAAAAAGUUAGACUUAAAUCUCGAGUAUAUGUUUAAAAAUAAGUCCUCUUAGAAGUUUGAGUGAGGCAGCCUCGUGGAUGUCAAGGUGUUGCGAAGAGUACUGUGCAAGCCAGGGCUCACAUAUACUGCGAUUCGUUUGAGGAUAAGCUUGUCGCUGUGGAAUAGCUACGGAGUCUUAACAGUGACGUAAAUUUCAAGUAAUUUUAUGGCAUACUGUGUAACGGUUAUACUGAGAACAUCUGGCGUCGAAGAUGAGCCGCGCAUAAUCAUGGCAGCCUGUGAAUAUGAUGGAUGUUACUACUUUAAAACAAGUCCAUUUGAACCUUAAUGCGUUUUAUUAAAGUAUUAUACAGAAUACACUACAAAACAAGUAAAUCCGCAUGAAGGCCCUAGGAGUAAUGUGUUGUCUAAGGAGAACGGAUCGGGCAAGAGGUGCAUCAUUAAGGGGUGCUACAUUAAUUUCACCGAAUCAUUACAUAAGUGAAAUAUUGUAAUUAAUAUUUUUAAUUUUACUACCAUGUGUAGCUAACGUGAUGCUCUGGGUCAUGUUUUAUUCGCCAACUUGUGCCAAUUCCAUAAAACUUUUUAAAUUUCUGAAUCAUAAUGUUACAAGUCUAGCACCAGUGCUAGGUGCUGAUCGGAAGUUCUUACCGGCUAUGUAUUCAUGGAUUUUAUUAAUUUUAUGCCUUCAGGUGCCUUGAUGCCUGUGAAGGGCUUGAUCUAAGAGCUAGGAGCUACCAUCCUUUUGGGCGUAAGAGGUAUAAACACCAAAAAAGUUACAGAUUGGGUUCAGUGUCCAAUUUGCUGCUUUCUUUGAUCUACCCUCGUGUUCCAAACGUAUGAUCCAUACGGUUUUAACGCUUUCUCAAACUAAUAAUCUGUUAAUUUUAUCAACUGUUAGCACGGACUAAAUGGUGCUAGAAAUGUCCUGACCUUGUACCCGGAAGGUAUUACCAAGACGCACAAGAGAAGAGGGGAAACCGCUAUGGUGGACCAGGAAGUACUGCUCAUUCUGCACCUGUUUAAGACCACGGAGGUCGAUGAGGUCGCCUGUAACAUUUCCUCGAAGGGAAUGCUAAUUAAUAAUAUUCGCCCCUUGCACAAGCCCCAGAUUCAAGCUGAGCUUGUUGACGCUGUGCUGCGUGUAGUCUGUGGGUGCGGUGUGUUGAUGCUGUGGGUGUUACACGUUAAGAUAAGAUUUCGUUCGGAUUUUUAACCCCGGAGGGUUAGCCACCCAGGAUAACCCAAGAAAGUCAGUGCGUCAUCGAGGACUGUCUAACUUAUUUCCAUUGGGGUCCUUAAUCUUGUCCCCCAGGAUGCGACCCACACCAGUCGACUAACACCCAGGUACCUAUUUGCUGCUAGGUGAACAGGACAACAGGUGUAAGGAAACGUGUCGAAAUGUUUCCACCCGCCGGGAAUCGAACCCAGGCCCUCCGUGUGUGAAGCGGGAGCUUUAGCCACCAGGCCACCGGGCCUUAAACGUUGAUUGUCGACGCUGUUACACAAAGAAAUUACGUAAAUAAAAGUAAUUAUGCAAUGAAAUUUAUAUUUUUAAUUUUUAACUUGAAAUAUGCUAAGUUCGUUGUUUAUUGCAGUUGAUUAGUAAAAAUAAAGUGGAAGAGGCUUGUCUUCCGUCGUAAUUUUAAGUAUGAUCCUGUUUUAAACCCGCCCCUCACCAUCGUGAAAAAAAUCGUUGGGCAUUUUCAUCAAAACGCCAGGCAGGUGCACUAUUUAUUUACUUAUGAUUAAAUAAACUUUUUUUUUUUCUGUAUGUGACUAACCUUACAGUAAUUUAGCCUAAAAUAAAAGCUGAUUCUCUGUAAACAGAGCGUUCAGAAAUUAACGUUGGGGUAAUGUGCUAAAAAACGAACAGUAUCAAUGAGGAUAGAUUGCUUAAGGGAGCGAAUGUGCAUGUGUGCGUGCGCGCGUGUACUUAUGCUAGGGGAGGGUGUGGCAUAUAACACCAGGCAUCGACCGGAGCUCUACAUUAGUCUUAACCGCAGAUGGCAGACCAAGAGCUCCACCAAGAUAAGGACACUAGCAUACUACCACUAAUAAUUUUAGUUACGAAAUAAUUACUAGAAGAUGGUGUGCCACUGUUGCAAUGCUUGAUGCACGCGUGCCGGGGAAUUCUUCAUGAUAAAUAUACAUGUACGUUCAACGCCGUAAGUUCCGUGUUCUCUAUAUAUACCGAACUUUUUUUUUAUCUAGAGUCAGUUAAUUAAAAGUACUGUUUUAAAAUGUUUAUUUAUUAGCAUAGUGUAACUUUAGUUUACUUCGGAUUCACAUAUUUUGAUUGAAUCAGAAAGCUGUAUUUACUUAAAAUGAUUAUAAUAAUACGAAAACACCGAUUAACCAGGAUAAACGUGAAAGUGAAGUGAUUUUUUUUAUUCUUUCUUUACUAUGCCUGAAACUUAAAACACGAGUGGUGAGGAUGGAGCCUUGUGUUGACCAAUAGAGACCAGGUAUGACACCACACGAGCUUACUCUUAUAUGCCAGUUUCACUAUGGUAUUCAUCCAGUACACGAAAACUUGUUCGGUUAUUACUUUGUAACAGUUAAAAAUUUGUAGCAAAUGAACGGAAGUGAUACAUUUAUUAGUGGUUAAUAUCAGUGGGCAUGUUGAAGUACAUGUGGAGUCCUGAAAAAUGCAAAAUGUUGAAAACUUAAAUUUGGUGUGUGUGUGAUGCCAGAGUGUGCCUUGAGAUGGCACUGAGUCUCAUAGACAAGGAAGACUCAACCGUUCCUAGUGGAAAGAAGGAAAAGUGGCGAUUCUGGUUCUACUUCACCAGGAGGAAGAAGCGGGCUGCAGAUAAAUCUGGGGUGGGGCGGAUGGCGACUACAGAGGGUCAGGUUCGUUUCAGCGGCCACACCCUCGACAAGGCCACAAAGGCAAAGGUCACACUGGAGAACUAUUACUCCAACCUUAUAGCACAACACUUAGAAAGAAAACAAAGACAAGAUAAACUGGAGGAGAGCAUGAAAGAGGAAGGUCUGUCGGAGGACCAGAAGCAAGAAAAACGGCAACAGCAUGCACAAAAGGAGACAGAGUUCCUUCGUCUUAAGAGAUCUCGACUGGGUGUAGAGGAUUUUGAAGCUCUGAAAGUUAUUGGUAGAGGAGCAUUUGGUGAGGUUCGAUUAGUGCAGAAGAAAGAUACUGGCCAUGUCUAUGCAAUGAAAAUCUUAAGAAAAGCAGAUAUGUUGGAGAAAGAACAGGUAGCUCAUGUGAGAGCUGAAAGAGAUGUAUUGGUGGAAGCUGAUCAUCAGUGGGUAGUCAAGAUGUUUUAUUCAUUUCAAGACCCCAUUAAUUUGUACCUAGUGAUGGAGUUUCUUGCUGGUGGCGAUAUGAUGACGCUUUUAAUGAAGAAAGACACGCUAUCGGAGGAAUGCACCCAAUUCUACAUUGCUGAAACUGCUUUAGCUAUAGAUUCUAUUCAUAAGCUGGGUUUCAUUCACAGGGACAUCAAGCCCGACAAUCUAUUAUUAGACGCCAGAGGACAUAUAAAAUUAUCGGACUUUGGCUUAUGUACAGGGAUGAAAAAGUCUCAUCGCACAGAAUUUUAUAAAGAUCUUAGUCAAGCUAAACCAUCUGAUUUCACAACAAAUCCUAUGGAUUCAAAACGUCGUGCAGAAAGUUGGAAGAAAAAUCGGCGAGCACUUGCUUAUUCAACUGUCGGAACCCCAGACUACAUAGCACCAGAAGUUUUUAUGCAGACAGGCUAUGGACAAAGUUGUGAUUGGUGGAGCCUUGGUGUUAUAAUGUAUGAAAUGCUAAUAGGUUAUCCACCAUUCUGCAGCGAAAAUCCGCAGGAGACGUACCGAAAGGUGAUGAGUUGGAGAGAGACCCUGGUCUUUCCCCCAGAGGUCCCUAUCUCAGAGCAAGCCAAGGACACUAUUUUACGCUUAUGUUGCGAGGCUGAUCGCAGAGCAGGGUCACAUCAAGGAAUAGAAGAUCUUAAGAGCAUGAAAUUCUUCCAGCAAGUUGACUGGGAACAUACUAGGGAACGCCCCUCAGCAAUUCCUGUAGAGGUUAAAUCCAUUGAUGAUACCAGCAAUUUUGAUGAAUUCCCAGAAGUUGACAUCAAAUUGCCUGCUUCUCCACCAGUGAAGGAGGGCGAGGCAGGUUAUAAGGACUGGGUCUUCAUCAACUAUACCUACAAGCGGUUUGAAGGUCUUACUCAGAGAGGUCUUAUACGUCCAUAGACCAAAACAUGCACUUCACUACAUGUGACGUGUGGUCUUGUGACAGAAACAUGACCCAGACAGUGAUAGUAUUAUGGUCAUGUAUAAGGUUUGUGACAAUUGAUCCGGAGUGUGUGAUAUGGGUGUAAUGUGAUCUUGAAUACAACACUUACCAUUUCAAAUCUUUUGGCCUGAGCUAUGGGCCAAAACGCAUAAAUUAAAACAGUGACUAAACUUAAAUCCUGACAGAAUGGUUGCAUUCAUGUACUGGGUGCCGUGUGAGGGAUGACAUCUAGGGAAAAGAUGGUGAGUGAAAUAGUAAGAAUGAACAAACUAUGCUGCAUAGUUUCUCAGGUCAUAUAUGCAGCUUUAUUCUCUUCAGCAUAUAGAACAGUGCCACAAAAUUGACAGAGAGUUAUAUCAAACAAUCUCCCACCUUUUUCCUUUUGUUAUCAAUAGUGUUCACACACCAUACAAAUGUGGCGCUAUACAUGAAACUCAUGUAUUCCCUUAUGUUGUGUCCAACUACUGUAGUUGGUAGAGCAUCCUUAGCAUGGUCUGCUGGUGAGUUGGCUCACCAGUGGGUGUUGGUGUUGUACAACACUGUUUCCCACUAUGUGAGAAAUAGUUCUUGCAGUCUUUCUUGUAUAUUUUUUUAUUUUAUUUUUUUUUAUUUUUUUUUAUAAUUUUUAUGAUUAUGGGACCUAGUGAAACCCGUGUUUUUUUUUUCCCCCCCAAGUGUGAUUAGAAACUUUUGUUUCAUUAAUCAAUGUGUGAGCAUUGCAUUAUAGUUUUAAUGUGAUUUUAGCUAAGCCUUACAGCUGAUGACAAACUGUGAUAGAAUCCCAGCAAAACAGUGAUUGAGUGUACCCUUCGGUGAUAUAUUUUAAGUUUUAUCACUUUAAGCUCUUCAAGGUUUUUUUUAUUUAGUUUUCAUUGGUAUGUUUGUGCUUGCUUGCAUGCAAGCCAAUGUGAGAUGAAGUUAUUUAACACCUUUGGACUGCAGAAAGCAAAGAACAUGGAUAUCUAGAAAACUGGAAAUAAGAAAUGACAGUAAAUAAAACCACCAGUAAUUGCAUCUUGGCUGAAAAUAAGUAAUUUAUUCAGUAUUUAACAGUAUUUGCCAGUCCUUUUCAUUUCUAGCUUCUCCAUUUCAUCUCAUGUUUUAAUAUUUAUUUGUUUCAUAUUGCAUCAUUUUUAUAAAAAUGAAAACGAAGUGGCAUAUAUGAAAUGAACGUUGUUUGGACUUGUUUAGUCUCAUUAAUUUUUCUUUCAGUGAUACUUUACCUUCUAGGCCAAGGUUGUGAAAAAUACAUAUUUUGGUUAAAGGGUUAAAGUUUAACAAUUCACUAAAGUAAAAGCAUUCUUUGUCCCACUUAUAAAGUAAUAAAUUAUUGUACAAAAAUUGUAACAGGAUGCUUCAAUUUUCAGAUAUGAUGUAAAGAAUAAAUUGUAAUACAGUAGUAGUUUACCUGAGCAGAAUGUUCAGUGCAUAAUUCUACCCCAUAUUUUGAAUGCUCGUAUCCUCAUUACCAUGAAUAAACAGAUUUCUUAAACAAAAUCUAUAUUAGUAUUGGAACUUUUUAUUAACUGACAUUUUGUUAGUACCACACAUUGGUACAAAGUACAAUUGGAUUGUCCAUGUUAAUUUUUUUAUAUUUUGGAUGGGAUAGUCUGUGUGUAGAUAUAAGGAAAAGGAAUAGGAUUUUUUCUUUCAAAUGAUGUUAUUUAAUAAAAUCUGUAAUAUGUUUUAGACAUGGUGUUACUAGUUAGAAUUGAUAUAGAAAAUUUCACUUUAAUGAAAAUAAAAGUGUCACAGUUUUAUGUGUGGCAAGUAAGCGCCAACAUGAUACAUUCAUUAGCUACUGGUAGAUAUUGGGCUAUCCCAGAUGUAUAUAUGAUCAUAUUUUAGUUCAAUCUCCAUUGUAAUUUAUUUUAUUGUACAUAUUAUUUCCUUUAAAAAAUAAAUUUCCUUGAUUGUUGAAUGCAUUGUGAAUGAGUGAAAUUAGUUAUAAAGGAUCACUUGUUAUUUAUUGUGAGGUUUGUAUGAGUUAAUGAUUAUACAUAAACACUCAGAGAUAAGGCUGUAUGUGGAAUGUGUUCAAUUUAUAUCUGAUCUACUCAAAAUUAGGUGUAAACUUUUUGUACUCGACUGUGAGUAUAAACCUAAUAUUUAAAUCGAUACACAUUUUCUCUUGAAAAAUGUAAGUGCGGUUAUUAUUAAAAUUACUUAAAGGUACAAACCUUUUGAGAGUACAUAAAAUAACUAGUAACACAGUUCUACAGAUACUGAAGGUUUAAAUUGAACAUUGGUUAUAGAGAUGGUGUUACAAGUGGUUCAUGUUGACUGCCAUUGCUGAUGUUUUAGUAGAAAUGUGUGCUGUGUUGCAUAGGUUUGUGGAGCAACUACAGUAACUAUUAACCAUGACAUCUAAUUGGAAGUGUGAAGAACCUCCUACCAAUUAAGAUUCAUUUGCAUUUUAAACAGUUAUUACAUUGUAGAUGAAAAUUUUGAACUGUAUUGUAAAAUGGAAGACUGACUUCUUGUUCUUCUUGAAUGCAUGAUCUCCUCUAGAACUUGUAUACUGUAUAAAUGUUUAAAAUACAUAUGGUAUUUACAGUGUUGCUAACCAAUAAGCCUUAAUUGAAGUGUUAUUAGCCUCAGCAUAGUGCAGUUCAAGGGUGUGUUUCUCAGCAUAUAGAUAGAUUAUACUGUUUUGCUACAAGUUUAUAGUGUGAAUAACAAUACAUUCCUAAUGAUGUAAGUAAUGACCAUAAAGAUUAUGCCACAUUGUAUCUGGCACUGUACAGUAAUAUUUCUUGUUAUUGAUAAGUAAAUCUCCUAAAUACUUUAUAGCUCUUCUGAGAGUGCAUAAGUACCGUCCGUGGGACAUAUAUUGUGGAAUAAAAGGGUAAAAUAUUAAAUGAUUUAGAUUAGUUUGACCCCAUAUAACAUGAUUUAAAAUCAUACCUGUGAAAAUUAGCCAAUAAUUAGGUAUCAUAGUGAUACAUUCAGUAUCAUAAGAGCCAUUGUAUUUUUCACUUCAAAAUUGUGUGCUGCAUCGGGUAUCAUUAUAGACAUUAACCUAUAUAGUAAUCAAACUGCUUUGCCAGAGAAACUAUUUUUUCCUAGUGAAGAAUAACAUAAGAACUUAAUCUAUGUUCUAAUCAUUUAAUGUUUCUUACAUUACUGGUUUUCUUCAUUGCAAUUCUUAUAAUUGAGUCAUAAAAGGCCUGGGAAGAGUUAUGUCUUACUCCCUUUGCACAGUAAAAUAGUUUCACUGCAUAUGUAAUGUGUAAGAAAAAUCUACUUUCUGGGAUUAGUAUCUAAGGUGUAAAGCAGUUGAAAACUUAACAAUUUACCCUUAAGAAAUGUUAUAACAUCUUACCCAUUCAUCACCUGAGGAGCCUGUUUUGUUUGUGAAAACUAACAAUUUAAGGUUCCAGCCAUGGGGUUCCAAGGGAGAUCUCGUGUAAAUAAAAAGAAAGCAGUAGCAUCUGUAACUAGUCACCAAUAAAUGAUUAAUAUAAUCUGAA